GGUUAUAAACUCUAUUGACGGCCUUGUAAGUUUAGUUAAGGCCAUGUGUUUUCUCUGCACGUCAGGCCUUACAUUUUACGAGGCCAGUCCAUUUUUGCGGCAAAUGUCACAGGUUUCUUGAUUAUUGAUGUUUCAAUCAAUGUUCGAUAAACAGGCAGUGCUUACACAUAGUCCAAUAUGAAUGUAUUAUGGUUUCGACGAGGAUUGAGGAUUCACGACAAUCCUGCACUUCUGUCUGCAUUGGAAAAUUCCAAGGAUUUCAUAGCACUGUUUGUAUUUGACACAACAUUUCAAGAUCCUGGAUACAAGCCGUACCAUAUGAAUGGAUUCUUGCUGGAAUGCUUGCAAGAUUUAAAUGAAAGUCUUAAAAGUGUUGGGACCAAGCUACAUGUUUUUCAAGGAUGCCCGCUGGAAGUUUUUCGUCACCUGCACAAUAUUAAGCCCAUUAACAAACUUUGCUUCAUCCAGGAUUGUGAGCCUAUCUUUCAUGAAAGAGACAUUGCUGCAAAAAAUUUUUGCUCGGAAUUAGAUAUUGAAGUUUAUGAACAUGUUGCUCAUACUCUGUGGGAUCCUAUGGAUAUUAUAGCAUCUAAUGGUGGAACUCCACCUCUUACUUAUGAAAUGUUUGUGCAUGUUGCAAUGUCAGUUGGAGAUCCACCUAAACCAGUAGCUGAUCCUGAAUGGAAAGGUGUCAAAUUUCUCACCCUAGAACCAUUUGAAUCCAACAGGUUUACUCUGUUUGGCGGAGUACCCACUCUAAGUCAAAUUGGGGUACCAGAAAAUCCGGUUGGUUGUCGUGGACGAAGAAUUUUUGGUGGAGAAACUAACGCACUAAAACACUUCGCCAUCAGAUUGCAGGCCGAAGAAACCGCUUUCCGGAGUGGCUUCUAUCAGCCAAACCAAGCUCGACCUGAUUUGCUUGGUCCACCAUUAUCGUUGAGCGCAGCUAUCUCAGUGGGAGCCAUCUCAGUCCGGCUAUUCUAUUGGAAAAUCCACGAAAUUUUUGAUAAAGUAAAUCGAGGUAACCCUCCUGCUUGGCUGGGCAUUACAGGCCAGAUUAUUUGGCGCGAUUACUUUUAUGCCAUGAGCCGGAUGAAUCCCAAGUUCGACAAGGAAGUAGAUAACCCCAUCUGUUUACAAAUUCCUUGGGUAGAAAACGAAGAGUUUUUUGAAAAAUGGAAAAAUGGUCAAACCGGAUAUCCAUUCAUUGAUGCUGGGAUGAGGCAACUUAAUCAAGAAGGGUGGAUGCACCAUUCCGUUCGCAAUGCCGUAGCUAUGUUUCUAACUCGUGGAGAUUUGUGGCUUAAUUGGGACAUUGGCGCAGAGUAUAUGGCAAAUCAACUGGUAGAUUCCGACUGGUCAGUUAACUCUGGAAACUGGAUGUGGGUGUCAAGCUCAGCUUUUGAGCGCUUACUCGAUUGCUCUGUCUGUAUCAAUUCGGUAUUAUAUGGCAAGCGACUGGAGCCGUCAGGAGACUACAUUCGUCGAUACGUUCCGGAGUUAGCCAACUUUGAAUUCGAGUAUAUUCACGAGCCAUGGAAGGCUCCCAUUAAUAUUCAGCGUACUGCCAAUUGUAUAAUAGGCCAAGAUUACCCUGCUCGAAUUGUGGUUCACGAAGAGGUGUUACCUCGAAAUCUGGAAUGGAUGAAGGAAUUUCGUCAAAAAUUUAAAGAAACUCCUGCUCACUGCCAGCCUUCGUCCAAUAGCGAAGUAUAUAAAUUUUUCUGUCUGCCAGAUGACAGUCUCCCUUUCUGAACAAAUAUCCAUAUCUCAAAUUCUGGACUCUAUCUUUUGAAUUGACAAUUAUUUCGAAAGAUUUAAUCGGGAGGAGCUUAUUUAGACAAUUCGAUCAAAUAAAUGUAUUGGUGUAAUUCGUCAAAUGGCCAUAGGACAUAUUUUCAUGCGUAAAGUCGUCCAAAUUAAGAAUCUAUUUAUUUGAUACUUAUUGUUGUGUUGUAAUUUGUUAUAUGUGGUUGUAAUACACACGGACAUAGGUGUUU